UAUCAUUGAACAAUGUCCUCCCUUAUAUAUCGACUGGUUGGCACAACGUGCUUCAAUGCGAUUUUUACUGAUAGACAUGAUUUCCGUCUUCUUCCUCGCGUGGAUCCUAAAUUUAGUUGACGCCUUUAAUGACUUUCCGUCACUGAUAUCCGCCAAUGCUUCGAUGGCGGUUGUUAUCGAGAAAAGUGUUUUCGACAAUAAAGCCGAUUAUCGCGACAUUGUAAGAAACAUUUACAAUUUCAUCGCGAAUAUUACGAGAGAAGAGAUGCAUACGCCUGACAUAAACAUACACGUUUUACGCGAUACGAAGAUAAAUAGCUUUCGAGAUUAUACAGUGCUUUUAUCCGUGGUAACCUGUCAUCAAACGUGGAGUCUACACAAUAUAGCGCGUAAGGACGAAAUCGUUCAUUUAGCAAUAAUAGAGCAAGAUUGUCCACGAUUACCCGAUUCGGAAGGUGUGAGCGUUCCCUUGAUACCGCCAGGCAAAGAACUGUCCCAGAUGUUCCUUGAUAUUAGGAUGGCCGAUGCUUUACUCUGGAACAAUGUUAACAUAUUACACGAUGAUACCUUCGAUAGAGACGUAAUCAACCGAGUUACAAAAGCUAUAUCGACCUCAUUGCCAAACAAGAGAUUCAAUCUGGUCUCAAGGUCAUUAUUUGCGUUUAAACACGGCGAUUCUAAGCGUAAGAGGAGAUAUUAUAUAAAAGAGACACUUGAGAACUUUCACGUGGACCGAUUGGGAAAAUGUUUCCUCGCAAUCGUCACGAUAGAUGCAGCGGCCGACAUUAUGGAAGCUGCGAAAAUGUUGAAUAUGGUUCAACCUAACAGUCAAUGGUUAUAUAUCAUUACUGAUACUGUAAUAGGAAACUCUACAAAUAUUACUACUUUCACCGAUCUAUUGUCAGAAGGCAGUAACGUGGCUUUCAUUUAUAACGCGACGGACAGCAAUACAUAUUGCAAUAACAGUUUAAUGUGUCAUAUCCAAGAGUUAAUUGUAGCUUUGGUUAAUGCUUUAAAAUUAUCAUUGAUGACCGAAAUAGAAUUAUACAACCAUGUGAGCGAUGAGGAAUUCGAAAUCGUCCGAUUGACCAAGCGCGAAAGACAUAGGGAGAUUGUUAAAUAUAUCAAGACAAAACUUGUUCAAGAUACUUUCGCCACGGGCGGUACUUGCGGAAGAUGUUUGUUUUGGCGAAUCGCCUCGGCCAUAACAUGGGGCAAUUUCUUCGACCGCGGCAAAAACAACGCGCAUUUGAUAGAUACAGGAUCGUGGUGUCCCACUCUCGGAAUGAAUCUGACAGAUGUCAUCUUUCCACAUGUCGCACACGGAUUUCGAGGGAUCAAUUUACCGAUCGCUACAUACCACAAUCCACCGUGGCAAACCAUCUCGUUGAGCAACUCCGGUGAAAAGGAAUACGGCGGACUGAUUUUCGAUGUCAUCAAAUAUUUGGGGAAAAAAAUGAACUUUACGUACUCUGUGCUUAGUCCAGAGAGCAAUCGGACUAUCAAGUUUACUCAGAACAAAACUAAAACCGACAUGGUAUUAACAUCAACAACGAGAGAAAUGCCACCGGCAAUAAUAGACAUGGUCAUUGGGAAAAGAGUUCUCCUUGCAGCUUGUGCUUAUACCGUAAACAUUCGCGGAAAAAAUAAGAUCAAUUAUACCAUACCAAUCUUUAUGCAGACAUAUAGUUUUCUGACCGCAAAGCCAGGUCAACUCUCUAGAGCGUUGCUAUUUACUGCCCCCUUCGCCAAGGAGACAUGGGCUUGUCUGGCAGCAUCCAUUAUUAUAAUGGGCCCGACUUUAUACCUGAUUCACAAGUACAGUCCGUGCAGCACGAAGGUGUCGGGGCUCAACUCCUCCUGGCAAUGUAUAUGGUAUGUCUACGGUGCUCUUCUUCAGCAAGGGGGAAUGUAUUUACCCCAUUUUGAUAGCGCUCGCUGGCUGAUCGCCAUUUGGUGGUUGGUCGUGAUGGUCUUGGUAGCGACUUACUCCGGAAGUUUAGUCGCAUUUCUAACAUUCCCAAAUAUGGACACCGCCAUUUUGACCUUGGACGCUCUCCUCACUAAUAAAAACAGAUUAACCUGGGGCUUUCCUAACAGCAGUUAUCUAGACGAAUAUUUGAAAAAUGCAGAGGAGGAGAAGUAUCAUAUUCUGCUAAAACGAGCCAUAAUUCAUAACGCAACACAAGAAGCGGAAAUUAUCGAGAAAGUAAAGGCGGGAAAACAUGCCUUAAUUGACUGGAGAAGCACAUUGAGAUUCUUGAUGAGAAGCGAUAUGUUAACAACUGGAGGAUGUUCUUUUUCCUUAAGCACUGACGAAUUUAUGGAUGAACCCAUAGCGAUGAUUAUUGCACAAGAUAGCCCUUAUAUAAAUAUCAUUAAUGCGGAAUUACAUCGCAUGCACGAAUCUGGAUUGAUGAACAAAUGGGUAACGGAGCAAAUACCGACGAAAGACAAAUGCUCGGAUAUAUCCGCCAAUCAAGGCGUAAAUGGACGUAAAGUAAAUGUGGCGGAUAUGCAAGGCAUAUUUUUCGUUCUUUUCAUGGGCGUAAUUGGAUCGAUAUUUCUCUUGUGUUGCGAGUUUUACUGGCACAAACGCCAAGUAGCAAAGCGACGUAAAUUGAUUCAACCUUUUCUCUCCUGAGUUUGAUCUAGCAUAGAAACUAGAUUAUAAAUGUUAUCCAUCUCCUUCCAAGCAGCGUUCGUAGAACUUCUAUAAUGUAAUUUGAUAAUAAUUAUUAUAUAUCACUUAUCCUAGAGUUAAAAUUACAGAGACCGUUCUCGCAUGCAUAUAAUGAUUCUCAUACAACAAAUGUAUCUUAUUAUUAAUCAUAUGUAUCUCUGCAAUAUUUUUUUUUGUUACAAAUCGCUCUAUAUAAUAAAUGAAACGCAAA